CGAUCCUGUGGUCCCGCUCAGCGGUCGUCGAGUCAGUAAUCCCCCAGCCGUGAUUAUCUCUAGAUGUAGAUCGACGAUACGCGGAAGGCAGAGUAUAGUUAGUUUGAAGACAUUCGCUAUGGAGGCACGAUAGAGCAUACUUUUAUAGCUUGAUUUUAGACUAGACGUAGAACAGUAGUCUUUUCGUUCUUACUUUUACUCACAUAAAUGGGCUUUUCCAUUUUAGUUUUUUAACAUUCGUAAAGAGAAGUAAUUAAGUAUGAGGAAGUAUAUAAGCUGACCAUGACAACAUUUGUUCGAUACUUUUGCACGCAUAGCAAGACCGGUAGACUCUAGCCUCUUCUCUGGACGAACCAUCUGCAGUCGAUCACUCGGGACGAGGCUUUUAUUUUCCAGACAGUCUUUGAGAAGACUCAAUAUGUCGAAAGCUGGAAGGAUCCCACUAAUCUUGAUCGACAUUACCUGCCUCGCUCUGGUGGGGCUUCCCUUUUUCAUCCUUACUCCUCAACACAGCCCGUUCAAACGGGGCUUCUUCUGCAACGAUGAGAGCAUCAGGUACCCUCUCAAAGUGGAGACCAUCUCCUACCAGCUCCUGGGAGGAGUCAUGAUCCCAUUCACCUUGAUUGUGAUCGUCUGCGGCGAGUGCCUCACCGUCUACAUGUCUCGCAUCAAAUCCCAACGGGCCUGCGUCGACGGGAUGUCCUAUGUGGCGAGCAUUUACAGAGCCUUGGGGAGCUGUGUGUUUGGAGCGUUGGCCACCAUGUCGCUGACAGAUAUCGCCAAAGCCACCAUCGGUCGGCUACGCCCACACUACUUGGCUGCUUGUAAACCUGUUUGGGAAGCGAUCGACUGCAAGUCAGGACGAUAUAUAGAGGGCUUCACAUGUACAGGGGAUCCGGAACAGGAAGUCGAAGCCAGACUUUCCUUCUACUCUGGUCAUUCAUCCUUUUCGAUGUAUUGCAUGCUGUUUCUGGCACUGUACAUCCAGGCCAGACUCAAGUAUGAAUGGGCCAGGUUGCUGCGCCCCACCAUCCAGUUCUUCCUGCUGGCCACGGCCAUGUAUGUGGCCCUGUCCCGUGUGUCUGACUACAUGCACCACUGGAGUGACGUGCUCAUUGGCCUCUUGCAGGGAGCCGUGGUGGCCGUUCUCACUGUGGUCUUUGUGUCGAACUCUUUCAAACAACGCGUGUCCCCAGAGGUGCCAGAGGAGGAUAUCUCCGAAACCAGUUUACAGGAGAGCCCUUCCAAUGGGCACCACUAUGGAAGCACUGAUUGAAGCAAUGGCCUUACAGACGCAGAGGCUAGCUAGCUUAGCCGCAACUCGAUGUAAGGGUUAUUAUGGAUGUACUAAGGAACUCAAGUGGACUGUUCAUAUCUGUAAACUUAACUGCUGGCAGUUUUAUGCACAAUUUUACUAUUGAUCCCCCCUGGGACUAUUCCAAAGCAAGCAGGCUGUUUAUAGGGUCUUGAAUGUGUUAAGCAAUAAGCAUAGAUAUAAGAUCAAGGAUAGUGGACGUUGGAAAUUUCCUCAUUUAAUUCGAACAUGGUGAAAUGUAUUAUGCAGAACCCUGAUUACAAUACAGUUCACAUUAAAAGUGAACGAAAACAGAACUGUACCAGUAUUUUUGUAUAUCAGUCACUACUGGUUGGCAUUGUGUUCUCUAGCUUAGUGCCCUUGCCAUGGUGGAAAUAACUUUUCCACACAAUAAAACGAGACACUCGGUGUAGAUCUACUCUUGAACAGGCCUGUAGAAGGCCUGGCACCUGUGACGAUGGAUAAAAUAAAAUACCCAUUAGCCAAAAAGAAUAUGGAAUAAUAUAUUUAAUAUUGUUUUAAUUACUAAAUCGUUUUUCUGCUGCUACUCGCAAUGUAUCUCUCACAAUCCCCCAAACCCCUCAAUCUUGUAUAUAGUAUCCCUAUGGUGGGAGAGCAAUGUUGUUUUUGUAUGUUUUUAAUGAAGCUCAAUUUUUUUCAGCUCAAAAUAAAACAGGAUUCAAGUAAAUAUAAAAAUGUUUCAGUUUACUUUGCCAGAUCCUGCUGCCUUGACAAGCCAUAUUAAAAUAUAGACCAACCUCUAAACAUAAA